UUUUUAUGAGGUUUAUUGAAGAUUAAAAUAUAAAGAAAAUACAAGUAAGAAAGGCACGUGUCUAGGCACAGAGAGCCUAUUCAUGACCACUCAUAUCUUGCCUGCUAGGUAGAGAGCCGUGUCUGCUCCCAAGUGGAAGUAGGAUAAGAAACCAAAAGGCCAAGCCUUUUUACAACCAAGUUAAAUACCCCAUCUCGCUCUAGGCCCAGGUGAGGUUACAAGGAGAUUACAAAGCAUUCUGGGGAAGUAGAGCAAGGACUUCUGGGGACUGAAGUCCUGGAUUCAAGUAUCCAUUUUUACAGCUGCCAGGUUGAUGGGAGCCAUCAGACCACAAUGCCUUGACAGAGUCACCUGUGGUAGUUGUGGAGACCACAGAGUGAUCCUUGGGGAGAUGUGAUUGCCCACCCAAUACCCCUUUAUAUGACCUCUUUCAUCAAUGCCCCUUACCUAUGAAUUGACAUGAUCAUUAUUCCCCCUAGUCUCAAAAGAAAUAAUGCAAGAGUAAAACACAUGUACCCUUAUUCCCCAAAACAUCACCAAAAAGAUCAGACCCUUAAGCCCAAUCCCAAAAAGACUAUCAUGGAUUAACUUUUAUUUAGGUACAUAAUUCCCAGUAAAACCGGAGCUACAGGCCAAACCCAAAAAACUUUCCCACUCACAGAAACCUAUUCUCAUGAAGCCGGCACACAAAUCAAUCAUAGAGGACCAUGCGAUAAAUACAAGUACAUCAAGCUUCAAUAUGCCUCAGUGACUCGAUUACACAAACCAGUAACUCAGGAACUCCCUAGUAAAAACCCUGAGAAAUGAUCAGUCUAAAUUUGAAUUGUGUUCUCAGUACCCCUCAACCUCAAUGAUAUGAUUGUUGAAUUGGCUUUUAAGAAUUGUUGAUUAAUUAUUCCAUUUUAUUAAAAGCAAUAAGUAAUUUUCCUUGAUUGUUGCAAGCUCAAAACUUCACACAAGGCAAUGAGAAAAUUAAGCCACCUGUGACAAAAUCAUUUAUCUUGUGUGCAACCUUUACUGUCUUUAAUCACAAUACAAGAAUAUAGAAUGUUAAUCACGUUAUUUGUUAAAAGUUAAUGUAUCACUUUUCUAAUUAUCUCUCUUUGAACAUGUGUGUUAGGUAAUGUGUCUGCAUGCCAAGAAAAUGGGUAUAAAAAUAAAUCCCAGGCCUGGGAAUGGGGGAGCAACUGUCAGAUGCAAAGCAGUCCCAUGGCCAAAAUGAUUAAGCCGUCUUCCCUUAGUUAUUUAUUUUGACUGAUCAUUCACCACUUGUCGGGAACCCUGGAGUCUCGAGUGAAGCUGGACCCCACCCAUGUCAGCAGGUCCUGGCCAGAUUGGGGCAUACAAAUUCCAAUGCAACAGGACAUUCAUGCGAAGAACCCUAGUGCCUAUGCGCUGUCUCCAGGUGAGUCCAGAAGCUUCAUCCCCCUUCAGGAGGGCUCGCUCUGUGCCAGGUCCUGGGCUAUAAACUAAGGGGGACAUCCAGGGCUGCGGCAGACAUCCCCUGCCCUCAGGGAGCUCCCCAGGUGCCGGUCCCGGUUAAUAUAGUAAAACUGUCCCCACGUCUGCGGUUUUGAGGAGCUCUCAGACUCCCUUCCUGUUCCAUGACAGCUUCGGGGGCUUCCUCUAACUUCAGGGAAGCCACUGUUCCGCUCGAGUCCCACUGCGGGGCUCUGCAAGGCCACUUAGAGCUUUCUCCUCUCCAGGAUGGGGAGUGGUUGCAAGGCUGGCCCGCGCAUGCGCCCCUCGGUGAGGAAGGCCCGCAGCCACAAGGCCCGGGACAUCCCCUCAGCUUGCCUUCCUCGUCCUACAGGCGCUCCCCACGCGCUUGAUCCCCGCACCAAGGCCGGCGGAACCUCCCUCCAUCCCCGGAAGUCGCCGUCUCCUCUUCCCAGGCUCGCGAGCUCUCCCGUUACUAAACUUCUGCUACCUGGCUGGGAACUUCCCGCGGCGGAAACGCGCCCUUCUCCGGGCCUUCAUUGGUGCCCGAGACCGAGGCUGCCCAAAGCCCCGCCCCCCUGGGGAGCUCCUUCCGCGCACGAGGACCGAAUCGCCCAGUCCGCCUCCAUUUCUCAGCCACCCGCGCGUGGGGAGAAUCUCCCUGAGGCCCCCACACUGUCUUAGGACCCAGAAGAGCCUGGAACUCCGCACGCCUGAGGCCCCGGGACGCUUUUCUUUCCUCCCGGAAGCCCCGAGACUGCAGCGAAGUGAAGGUCGUACCAGUUCCUCCUCCUCCUCCUCCUCCUCUCCCAGAGCUCUUCCCGCCUCGCUCCUUAACCUGCUGUAGAACUUCCUCCGCCCCGCGCCUGCAGCCUCGAGUCAAGGCUGGGAAAAGAUGGAGGAGCUUCACCUGAUGGACUCACUGGGGCUACUUUGCUGCUUCUACAGAGAGCCUGGAGUCUCAUGGAUGGCCUUUGAGAGGGAUAGACUCCCAGCCCAGGUGGUGACGUUCAAGGAUGUAGCUGUGGAGUUCACAAGGGAGGAGUGGUGCCUCUUGUCCCCUCCCCAGAAGGAGCUGUACAAGGAAGUGAUGCUGGAGAAUUCCCAGAACCUGCUUUCUAUGGGAGAGAUCAUACCUGAAAUGAAGGUGAAUCCAACAGAGAUGAUCCCUCCUGUGGAAGAAAUGGACAUACAAAGAUUCAUGAGUGUUGGUCCCAAUAUCUUUGCUUCCAGAGAAUUCUGUGUUGGUUCUCAAAAUUCAUCCUGUAUUGAACAUCAAAGAAUGCACACUGAAGAACAAUCUAGUGAACGUCAUCAGUGUGGAAAGAAUUUUAUGCACCGGGCCAGUCUUGUUCGACAUCACAGUAUUCACACUGGGGAGAAACAUUAUGAAUGCAAGCUAUGUGGAAAGGCGUUCAGUGGUAGCUCCUAUCUUGUUAGACAUCAGAGAAGGCAUACUGUGGAGAAACCUUAUGAAUGUAAGCAGUGUGGAAAGACAUUCAGUCAGAGGUCCAGUCUUGCUGUACAUCAGAGAAGGCACACUGGAGAGAAACCUUAUGAAUGUAAGCAGUGUGGAAAAACGUUUAAUCAGACCUCCAAUCUUGCUUUACAUCAGAGAAGGCACACUGGGGAGAAACCUUAUGAAUGUAAGCAGUGUGGAAAGACAUUCAGUCAUGGCCACAGUCUUGCUGAACAUCAGAGAAGUCACACUGGAGAGAAACCUUAUGAAUGUAAGCAGUGUGGAAAGACAUUCAGUCAGAGGUCCAGUUUUGCUUACCAUCAGAGAAUCCACACUGGGGAGAAACCUUAUGAAUGUAAGCAGUGUGGAAAGACAUUCAUCAAGAGCUCCAGUCUUGUUGAUCAUCAGAGAAGGCACACUGGGGAGAAACCUUAUGAAUGUAAGCAGUGUGGAAAAGCAUUCAUUCAGAAAUCUUUGCUUGCUUACCAUCAGAGAAGUCACACUGGGGAGAAACCUUAUGAAUGUAAGCAGUGUGGAAAGGCAUUCAGUCAUGGCCACAGUCUUGCUUACCAUCAGAGAACGCACACUGGGGAGAAACCUUACAAAUGUAAGCAGUGUGGAAAGGCAUUCAGUCAGAGGUCUGGUCUUGUUUACCAUCAGAGAAAUCACACUGGGGAGAAACCUUAUGAAUGUAAGCAGUGUGGAAAGGCAUUCAGUCAGAGCUCCAGUCUUGUUGAUCAUCAGAGAAGGCACACUGGGGAGAAACCUUAUGAGUGUAAGCAGUGUGGAAAGGCAUUCAGUCAGAGGUCCAAUCUUGCUUACCAUCAGAGAAAUCACACUGGGGAGAAACCUUAUGAAUGUAAGCAGUGUGGAAGGGCAUUCAGUCAGAGCUCCAGUCUUUCUGAUCAUCAGAGAAGGCACACUGGGGAGAAACCUUACGAAUGUAAGUAUUGUGGAAAAACAUUCAUUAUGCGCUCCUGUCUUGUUAGACAUCAGAGAAUCCACACUGGGGAGAGACCUUAUGAAUGUAAGCAAUGUGGAAAGUCAUUCAGUCAGAGCUCCAGUCUUGCUAACCAUCAGAGAAAUCACACUGGGGAGCGACCUUACAAAUGCAAGCAAUGCGAAAAGUCAUUCAGUCGUAGCUCCAAUUUUUCUCGACACCAGAUUAUUCACACUAGGGUGAAACUAUGAAUGUAAGAAAUGUGGAAAGAUGUUCACAUUGAAGCUCCAUUCUUGCUAUUGUGUGGAGAUACCCCUUUCUCCCUUUUUGGGGCAGCAGUAAUUAAAAGGUAACAAAUGAAGUCAAUUUCAAAUAUGAAAUAAAAUUAUUGGCUUUCCAAAGUCAG